UUCAAUUUCUUGCACGCAACCAAUAGUAGCAGAAGAAGUAUGCAGCCAACUUCAGGUAUCAUAUGACAGCUGUCAACGGGGUAUGAAACAUCGUAAACAAACGUGCAUUGCAUCGUUCGCUUGCGGAAAAACAACUGGAGUGUUCGGGGAACAAAAUGCCGAAAAUAUUCACACCGACGAACCAGAUACGGCUUACAAAUGUAGCCGUGGUGCGUAUGAAGAAAGGCGGGAAGCGUUUUGAGAUCGCAUGCUACAAAAACAAAGUGCUCUCAUGGCGAUCAGGCACGGAAAAGGAUCUCGAUGAAGUGCUGCAAACGGUAGCGGUGUUUAACAAUGUUUCGAAAGGCGAAGUGGCCAAAACAGAGCAACUGCAGAAGGCUUUCGGCAAGGACGAUGUGACGGAGAUUUGCAAAGAGAUACUGGCCAAGGGAGAACUGCAGGUUUCGGAAAAGGAACGCCAGGACCAGCUCGAUUCGAUGUUCAAAGAAAUAGCGACGACCGUAGCCGACAAGUGCGUAAAUCCGGACACGAAGCGUCCCUAUCCGGUUUCAAUAAUCGAAAAAUCAAUGCGAGACAUCCAUUACUCCAUCAAACCGCAUCGUAAUGCAAAGCAGCAGGCGCUGGACGUUAUAAAAGUGCUUAAAGAAUCGAUACCAUUGGAAAGAGCAAAGAUGCGUCUGAAGGUGACAUUACCAGCGAAGGAAGCCAAACGGCUCAAGGAUCGUAUCGGAAAGCUAAGCUCUACGGUUACCGAAGGUGAAGAAUGGGAGGGAGAGCGAUUGAUGCUGACGUGCUUGAUCGAUCCUGGCCACUUUCGUGAGAUGGAUGAAAUAAUCCGCACGGAAACCAAAGGAGCCGGUGCUCUGGAAGUGUUAAACUUAAAAGAGAUCAAAGAAGGUGAGGAGGUUCUGGAGUAAACAUUUGUUGCUUGGUUAAAGUGUUUUAUAUUGUAAAAUAAACAAAACCUGACAUCAAAUUCUGAUACAAUUGUACAAUAAGAUAAAGUAAUGAAUUAGAUAAUC